AGAGAGCAGGUGGCGGGUCCUGGUGCGUGCUGCUCAGGGGCUGCGCUCGGCGGUGACUAAACAGAAAAGUGGCGUCGCUGAAACACCCUCCUGCUUCUGGGAAUGCCUCUUCUCGCCCUUUUUUUCCCGUUCUUGGGGGAAGUCCGCUUCCGAAGCGGAGCGGUUGUCUCGUGAGGUCUGCCCGUGGCGGCUGGCCGGCCGUUCGUCACCGCUGUCGCGCCAAGUUCCCGUUUGGAAUUGUCAGCGGUGCCGUGUUCCCGCUCAGUUAUGAGCCUGCGCUCGCCGAGGAUAGGCGUUAUUUACGUGCAAUUUCUUUUUUAGAGCUCUUUAAGGAGAUAAUCCCGUAAAGCUCUCCGUGGCUGGCUUACCGCUAACGAGCCUUGGAGGGCCCUAAAGUGGAUGCAGGAGAGCUCCCGGAGUUUGGUGCUACCAAAAGUUGCUCAUCUUCUGUGCAGGAGCUGACCCGGGGGAUCUGCACGGAGGAUGAGUCAGAGGAGCAAAAGUCCCCUGUAGGGUCUGUGCCAGCUCACAUUCGGCUGCAGAACAAGGGGGGGCCGCGUUACGUCCGCAGGCACCUGUAGGAUUUCAGCCUCGCGGCGCGCUUUGUGGCUGGAACUGCUAAAAAGGGAUGCUCGGUUUAAUCUCUCUCGGAAGAAUAUGAUGAUUUCUUUAGGGGUGAAACGUAAGGAGGUCGUGAUCGCUUCCAGAAAGUCGCGGUUUGGGCCGUUCGGAGAGCACGCUGUUAACGCCAGUUGGAUUGCAGUUCAGGAGUUGGAGAAGCUUGGGCUGCGAGAUGACGUAGAUCUGCACGUCUAUGAAGUCCCAGUUGAAUACCAGACAGUGCAAAGACUAAUUCCUGCGUUAUGGAAAAAGCACAGUCCACAACUGGUGGUUCAUGUGGGUGUCUCGGGUAUGGCCACCACCGUAACUCUGGAGAAGUGUGGCCAUAACGUCGGCUACAAAGGCUUAGACAACUGCCGCUUCUGCCCGGGCUCUCAGUGCUGCGUAGAAGGUGGCCCAGAAUGCAUCGAUUCCAUCAUUGACAUGGACACGGUUUGCAAGAGAGUCUCAGCGCUGGGGCUGGACGUCACAGUCACUAUAUCUAAGGAUGCUGGCAGGUACCUCUGUGACUUCACUUACUACACUUCCUUGUACCAGAGCUGUGGGAGGUCAGCUUUUGUUCAUGUGCCUCCGCUGGGAAAACCGUAUACCGCAGAACAGCUGGGUCGGGCCCUACAGGCUAUCAUAGAAGAAAUGCUUGACGUUUUGGAGCAUUCUGAAGACAAAAUCAAUUGUCAGCAUGAACACUGAAAGGGGGCAGAAGCUCUCCUAGUAUUGCACUUCCAAAACUUCCCAUGCUACAGAAGUACUGGGGAAAACGGUCUGAAACGUACAGAAUGAGAAUUGGAGACCUCAAAAAAUGAAAAUUCCACUUCUAGAAAUUGACGUUUUUUGUCAAAUGUGCGCAUUUCAGCCUAGGCAACGAAGGAUUCAAGAUCUCUUCUUUAAAACACCUGCGACUACUCAUUCCUGAAGUGUGUGCGCGCGCUGUGCUUUAUCCAGAGCUUGUCUGUUGGUCAAGUGACAGCUACUGACCAGUGUAAUGCUGUGCAGAGGGAAAGUUUCUCACCUGGACUCGGCGUUCAGGUGCAGGGAAUUGAUAACUCCGUCCUCUAAUGACUAGUUCCUAAGUCGAAAGCUUUGCUUUCAUUUUGUUUUGGUUUGUCCCUCUUUGGCCCAAAUUAUAGGUUCUGAUGUGAGAGUAUAACUGAGGAUAGUUGGAGUGGUGUGGGUUUGCCUGUUGUAAAACAGUUGGUUGGAGCUGAGGAGUCUUCGAAAUUGCUUUUGAAAUUGAAAACAUAUUUUAGUUGCUGAUCUCUCACCCCGCUUCUCCGAGUAUUAGUCGGGUCCUCGUUAAUGUACUGGUUAACUGGUAGCUGCAGAUAGAAGGCGUGUGGUUUGGGCUCCUUUUGUUGCAGGAGAUAGCUGUUUUAUAUACAGUAUGAACCUACCUUGCGCCAAAUAUUUCCAAAUGUCUUUUUUAUUAGGCUCUCGAUGCCACCUUCCUCACUCAAAUCAACCAUAUACCUCCUGUACAAAACACAUUGUUUCAUAUGUGUAUAAAGCAAAUCAUUAGCGGUUAAAUAGCUUUGCUAAAGGCCACUUUCUCCACAGGAGAUCUUUAUCGUAGACUCUUGGUGCUAGCUGUUAUUUUUAAGGUGAAGGCUGACUAAUUUAUAACUUCCUUAGUUAUGAACUUUCGUUCUCGUUAAAGGUUAGGUGAAGAGUAAUGUUUAACUUAAAUUCUAAGUUGCCACCUUGAUUUAUUAUAGGCAUAAAUAUGCUAACGUGUGGAUUCAGAGACAUUCUGCCAAAUGAGAUCUUCUAAAAUCCUAAACCUCCUCCCGCUGUCUGUGAACCAGAGGCAAUUAUUUGAGACCCAGGAAUGCUGCUUAGGGUGAGUGUUCCCGGCUGUUUGUUAGUGCCCCCCUCCCAAUGGGAGGGUACAAAGCACUGCUUCUGGUGGGGGCUUUCCCAGGAAUUCACUUGGGAAAGCGUACGUGCAGGUUCUGAGCAGGACUUUAAAAGUUUCUGAUGCUAGUCGUGUGGGUUUGGUUCCAAAUUACAAGACUCCAGUGAAAGACAGGUGAUGUUAGGUGGGAACAGACCCCAGACUGGUAAUUGAUGGCCAGUAGGUCUUAUUAAGGAGCCAUUUAAAUGAAGAGGUCUGUGAUUUGAUUCUAAUACUAUUACAAAUAUUAUAUAUAUAUAUAUAAAGCAGCUUUUUGAAAUGUUGUAGAAUAUCCUUAUUUUAAUUUUUCUAAUUAUGAAUGAUUCUGCUAUAGUAUCUCUCAGUGAGAGCUGCCACUAACGUGCUGUUUUCCAGUAGAAGUCUAGUGACAGAGGAAAUGCCACUUCUCCUCGUAAGCCUUGCGCAAGGAUGAAGACUUCUGCAGCUGUAGUAACUUUGCCAAGGGGAUCUGGGUAUGAAGAUCUUUGGUUUACCGAGGAAAUUCCCUCUGUACGUAGUGUACAGGCUUUCCUGAUCAAAAGAGUUUGCCUUCAAAGUAAAUGUCCUCUUUUGCAUUCGAAUACGAAGUAGCACUUGUCAGAUUGUCGGCAGGCAGGCAGACUUUCUGAUUAGUAAUUUAUUAUAUUUAAUAUUUUGUUUAAAUAUUUGUGACUUGACACAUUUUUGCAAAUAGUUGAGCUACUUAUCUCCUUGUAGAUUUCCUCCUUUAUCUGGUAAGAAGUUCUUUGUCUUCGGUGUAUCCUAGCUGCUAAACUUUUAAAAGAGAUUCGUGUAUCCGGCUAAGUUCAGCGAUUGAUUUAAGUAAUGUUCAGUGUUGCUAUUUAAUUUACGUGUGACGUAGUCGCAGAUGAAAGGGGAGUGGGAGACCGACGGUUGGGUGAGGCCGUGGGAAAUGCCCGUGGGGUCGGAGCGGCCGUGGGACCCGCGGCGCUCGCGUGUCAAGGCAGGAGGGAUGAUGCAGAUCCCUGCCUGGCCUCGAGCUCUGUCCACGAGCGGUGUCCCUGAGCCAGAUGUCCCCUGUGUAUCAGCAGGUACCUGCUGCACGUUCAGGCUUCUUUUGGGCGUACAAGUGAGCAGCCUGGGACAUCCCUGAUGGUAGCAUGGCACAGUUCACCCAGGGAUGCUCAUGGUGGGCUUGAGGAAGCUCCAAACUCCACCAGCAGGGAAGGCAGUGGCUGCUUUUGGAGAUGUGGCUCUCCAAAUUAGCUUAAUCAGCCCUUGGAGUAUUUCCUGCUCAGUGUCUAUCCUCUUCCCAGAAGUGUGUCUUGGGUCCUCUCUGGGGAAAAACCUUGAGCUGGCUUCUGCGACUUGUGUUUGUCCAAGGCCUGCAGUAGCUGACCUGCUACGUGCCACUGUGGAAAUCUCCCUUUCGGAAAUACUUUGAGCAUUCCGUGCAGCCGUGUGUUUCCUCAUAACCCCUUUUCGUGAAGCUCCCCUGCGAUCAGGUUCUUAGAAAGCAUAAUUUAUUUUAUAAUCUUCCGGCUUUUUGAGAAGUAGUCCUCAGAGAUUGUGUUCGUAAAGGGCGUCUUGGUGGUAGAGAAAAUUUGUAUAGUGAAACUUUUAAAUGCCAUUAAGCUAAUUUUAUUUAAUCUGACCUAAAUUAAUUAUUUUUUUUGAAAACUUUUUGUUAAAUCCAUUAAUUCUUGCCGCUUUUCGUGUAGGUGCGAAUUUUCUUUGGAAGUAUCACAUAAAAAUGAUGCAGAGCUUCAAAGAGCUGAUGCUUUGUGUAAUGCUUACUGUCUGCUUUCUCUUCCAGAUCAUCAAUAAAUAGAAUUUGCUAAUUUGCACUGACUGGGAGACCUGUUGCCGACUACAAAAGCUUUUGUGCUAGUGAGUAAGUGUAGGAAGUUCAGGUUUAGUGUUAAUUACAGUGCCUGCAAUUUAUAACGUGUGAAAGCUGAUAAAGUUUUAGGGUCCUGUGACUGCAGAAUUGUCUCUGGUGAUGCACGUCACUGAGGAACGGGGGAGAGAAUAUUUUGUGUGUAAGAGAGAAUUGGGGAGGUUCCAAUGUAUCGGGUCUGAUGUCAUUUUAUCUACUUGCCAACAGCGUGGAGUAGGAAUUGGCUCAUGUGUUGGUGAGGUUUGGUGAUGACAAUUUAAUUGUUUCAGUUCUUAAAUGCUGUGGAGGACUUUGAGGAGCUCCAGAUACCCAGAUACUCCUUUGUCGUUCGGUGACUGUGAUGUCAGGAGAUACCUCCUUUGAUUUAAACGUAGUAAUCUAUUUUAUGAGACACAGCAAAAACAAAAAAAAAUCCUGUGAACUUGAAAGCUUCUUUGCCUUGUGGGGAUGUGAUUGAAGGCAAACGCAGAAGCUAUUUGUAUUUUUGGGGCACCUCUGUGCCAAAAUCCAUAGGAAUCACGUGAAGGAGUUUGCGCUUAUUUGGAGUAUUCCCCAAUCUGAUUGCCUCCUCUUAAAUGUGGUGGUAGUGGGAAGGGAUGAAAAGGUCAUGAUGAUGGUUAGAGGUGUUGAGUGUGGUUGGGACAUGAUGCAGCCGAGGGCUGCUUAGCUCGGAGUCCCUCGCGAGGGACCUGACUGAGGAUGUUCAGAAGUUUAGGGCUUAAUGAACACUAGAUUGCUCUGCUUUCACCCCAAAGACGAGGCGUCCAGAGUAAAUGUAACAGAAAUGCUGACUCGUGGCAGAAAUGGGAAGGCAUUUGUCUGCAGGCAGCCCCGUGCUGUUGUGCUGUGGCACCGGGACGGCCGUGCUGAACCAGCUCCGUCUUGUAGGGUUGCACUGAAGUGCGUGGUAAGUCAGGUAGGAAACUGACUUAGUGUUUACUCACCUAGGCUUAGAUGUAGCAUCCAAACUCCGGUGUGUCUCUCCUGCUGUUGUGCAGGCAAUAUUUAACCUGCCAGUGCCUCGGUCGGCUGGCAAAGGGGGAUUGUUGCAGGCUGCUCAUGGCAUGCCUGUAACGAGGGCCCGAGAGCUUCCAGGCCUGCAGACUCACAACUGGACAGCACAGACUCCCCGUGUCGCUGUUUUUGUUAACGAGAAGUCUGAAAAAGUUAUCGUCUACUGAAAUUUCUCCCAGUACUCAAAUAAUCUUUAAGUGUGAUAUUUGUUGACCUCGCGUGCAGGCUUUCCUAGGCGGUGUAUGGAAGGAGUGGCAGGAGGCGCUUCUCAAAACCAAAAGUAGGAAAACCUGUGAGUGAGUUAUUAACUGGUGAUCCCCCGCUAACCCAAGAGCUAGCACUAGCCUGAAGCAGCUAUUAUGAUCUGACCAUCUUAUUCCAUGGUUUAAUUAGUCAUUACUUGUGCAUCUUUUUUAAAUUACAGCGUGUUUCUAACUCUCUAACCACGCAGUCUGUGCUCAGACACCGAGCUGCUCUAAGAGCGAGCGGUGGUGUUCGACUGGAAACCAGGAUGGUUUAGAUGUAGGAAGUACACUUGUGUGGUGGUGGUGUUUUUUUUUUUAAUUACGACUUUCAGAUUUCAUCCUGCAGUGCAGACGUUAAAAUUAUUGGCAAUUUAUUUGUACUCUUAGAGCAUACUUUCACAAAGUAACCUCAUUCCUGUUGUCUCCUUUACUUACUUCGAUAUGCUAUCCAAUAAUAACAUUUUAAUGAGAAAUUUCAGAGUUGCAAAGGCUUUUUUCAAACAUUUUUUUUGUUGGCUUGGAUAAAAUACCCCUAGUUGAUACUGUAAGUACCCAUCUUAAAAUAACGUAGGUGGAUUUGUCCUUUUUGCACCAGAAACCCUAAUGUUUUGUGGUAUAAAGUGCACUUUUUCUUAAAACUUGUCUUCAUGUCUGAUUAGUGUCUUAUGUGACUGAAGUGGUAUUCUGCCGAACAAAGCAGAAACAAAGCUGAGGAUGUCGUUAAUUCUUCUUUGUAUUAAUUGAAACCUGAGAUCUGCUUCUGGUCCGUCUAUUUUAAGACAAAGUAGAGAACAAAAUGCCUCCCCAUAGAUAGGAAUUAAAUAUAGGAAAUGAAACUAUACACUGCCCUUAAAUAAAACUCUGUGCUACUUAAGUACACGUUCAGGUUUUAUAUUGCACCAGCUUCUUAAAUUGCAAAUGUUUACUUUGAUUAAACAGGGAGUGCCUUGUCCUGUGCUGGGCUCACUUUUGGAAAGCAGAGUGGUGGCGAUGGGGACAGACGAGCCUUUUGCACAUGGGGUGGGUGGAACGACUGGGCUUUCAUCACUGGGAGAAGCUGCUGAGCUCGCUCAGCACCCCCUUUAUCCAAGUAUGCUCUUCAGAACCUGCACUGAAUUGAGCUCAAGGUUUUCUGAAACACGCUCAGACGUGACAAAUAAAAAAAAAAAGGAAAAAACAGAAUAUUUGCUACUUAGGUGGUUAGCUUGGCCAAAUUCUUUAAGGUUAUUCUGUCCGCUCUUCGAGGCGACACAUUUCUUUUGGGCUCGGAUGUGCAUGUUAUAGCAUCGCUCCACCUUCCGGGUCCUCCGCUCAUUACUUGUGGUGAACCACACGGUUGUCUGUCCGAGUAUCUCAGGUGUUGCCAAUCUCAUGCUCAUCAGGACUCUUGGAGCUACAAUUAGGAAUCUGUCGGGGCUUCUGUUUUUCUCAGUGUGUUCUUGCAGUGCCUUGUAAACCCAAACAAUCUAGCGUGUCACAAAAGGGCUGUGUAAUAAAGAACCGGUAACAGACUUUCGGCUUGCUAUGGCUAGACUGGACUUUGUAACUGAAAAUUUAAACUGAUGUUUCAAAGUAAAUAAAGAGUUUAACUCUGA